GGGCCCUUGUGUCUGCAGAUAGAACCUCAGAAGCCAUGGAAGGAAUCUGGGACAACUCAUGGGGCCCCCGGGCAAUAGGGGAUCAUGGGGCCCCUGUGUCCUUGCCCAAACUCAAAAAAGCCUAUGAAAAAGGUACCAGGGGCAUCUCAUGGGGCCCCCUACUGACCCCCGGGCCCUCGGACAGUGCCCGAGUUUCCAAAUGGUCAGUCCGCCCCUGGUCAUCCCAUACUGGAGGCACCACAUUGUCUGCAGUCCAAAGAUCAGAG